AUGACGGAACACAACAUUGUUGUCUUUGCGGGCGACCACUGUGGCCCAGAGGUCAUCAAGGCGGUUGAGGACAACAGCCCGACUGCUGGCAAAUUCAACUUAAAUCACCUGCUGCUCGGAGGAUGUUCUAUCGACAAGACCGGCUCCCCUCUUACAGACGAGGCCCUCGCCGCCGCUAAAGCCUCCGACGCUGUGCUCCUCGGUGCCAUUGGCGGCCCUGAAUGGGGCACUGGCACCGUUCGCCCGGAGCAGGGCCUCCUCAAGCUACGCAGUGAGAUGUGCGCCUAUGGAAACCUCCGUCCCUGCUUCUUCGCGUCCGAUGCCCUUGUUGAGACCUCCCCCCUAAAGGCGGAAGUUUGCCGUGGCGUCGACAUGAUGCUUGUCCGAGAGUUAACCUCGGGCCUGUAUUUCGGAGAGCGAAAAGAGUACGAUGGAGUCAACGCGUUCGACACUACUGUUUAUACGAAGCCAGAAAUCGAGCGUAUCGCACGGCUGGGCGGCUACCUAGCCAAGACUAGGGGAGACUCGCGGGUCAUCUCGCUAGAUAAGGCAAAUGUGUUGGCGACGAGCAGACUCUGGCGUUCUGUGGUUGACGAGGUUUACAAAAACGAGUUCCCUGAUCUGAAGGUUGAGCAUCAGCUCAUUGACAGCGCGGCCAUGAUCAUGGUCAAGAACCCGAAGCAGCUCAAUGGCGUUAUGAUAGCGCCAAACUUGGCAGGAGAUAUUCUGAGCGACGAGGCGAGCGCUAUAACCGGCAGCAUUGGGCUCCUCCCAAGCGCGAGUCUCUGCGGAGUUCCGGAAGUGGGCUCCAAAGUGCUUUCUAUCUAUGAGCCUAUUCAUGGUAGCGCGCCGGACAUUUCAGGAAAGGGGAUUGUCAAUCCCAUUGGCACAAUCCUUUCCGUGGCUAUGAUGUUACGGUACUCGCUGAAUCUUCCCCACGAGGCCAAAGUCGUUGAGGAUGCGGUAAGCGCUGCCAUCGACGCCGGGCUUAGAACCAAGGAUAUGGGCGGCAGCACAGGCACCGCUGAAGCAGGAGAUGCCAUCGUUGCCGAGGUAGUCAAGAUUCUCAAGGCAUGA